AUGGACAGUGCGUCAGGACGACGAAUGGCAGAUGCCCUCAGCCUGAAUGCACUUGCCACUCGCAUCAACUCGUUAGCGCCGGGACCUGAGGCGAACAAGUUCCUUCGAAAUGCUGAGAAUUUUGCGAAUGACUGUGGUUCUCUUAACAAACGAAUCAAUUUGGCCAUUGAAGCUGCUCAACGCAAGGUCGAUCUGGCAGGAAAGUUCAACCGACUAACAGAGGAGGCACGUCAAGUUGUGGACGCAGAGCGACAGGCGCUCAACUCUGGAGCUGCAGAACUUACAAGCGUCGAAAGGGUAGUCGCAAGACUUGCUGAAAUAAAUGGAUUUUGGAAUCGAUCGCAACGUGAAUUGUCAGUUUGUGCUGAGGAGCUGAAGAAGACCGUCCCUCCAUCGAAAGCCGAAGCCAUUGAUCAAACUAUGGUGCAGCUUAAUGAGGAUUUUGCUUCACUGAAUGCUCAACUUCAGCAAUUAGAAUCAGCUUUGAGUGCUAAGAAAGAAGACAUGGAGAAGUUGUCUGAAAAAAGCAGUCGUGUCAAAAACGAGGCCAACGCCAUAUUUAUGGAAUUGAGCGACCUCGACCCGGUUGCACGUAGCAUAGCCGAGCUUAACGCUCAGCAGGACCAAGUGAAAUCGAUUGAGCAGCAGUUGGUGGCAAGUGAAGACAAACUUCAGUCUGUGUUAGCCGAAUGGAACAAGGGUGUUGCGGAUGGUGUUAUCAGUCAACCUCAAAUGGAAAACAAUCAGGCAUUGGCUGAGGAUGUCACAAAGCUGAUUGAAAAAGCUCGAAAAAAGUUGGCUCAACGAGAAAAGAAGAUUGAACAGGCGAUUCGUGAAGUAGAAGCUGUGCAUAGAAACGCGGCAGAAUUGGUUGGUGAACUGAACGAUUUGCGCGAUUCCGAAGCUCUUAAAGCGGUCGUAACGGUUUCGGAUCCUGUAACUCAAGCUGAAAAAUUGAAAACGCUCAAAGAUGGAUUGAAGGCAAUUGGAACCAGGGUUGAUGACUUCGUGUCUGAAUGUAAGCUGCUCAUACGAACUGGCGGCCCAGAAGCAGACACGGCUGAAUUGGACAAUACCAUGAAGGAAGUGUGCGACACGUGGUCUGCAGUUUCCACGGCUGUUGCCGAAAAGGAACGUGAAGCGGACUCGGCUGUACAGCAACUGGGACGGUACGAAGACGCGUACAAGUCAUUGCUGAAUUGGAUUGAGGAGACGGAGGAACUCAUGGAGAACCAGCGUCCUCCGGCUGCCGAUGCUAGGGUGGCAAAGGCUCAACUCCACGCCUAUGAUGUGCUCAUGAAACAUAUCGACGAUAAGGAUUUCAAAUAUAACGCGCUGGUUGCGGCGGCUCAUGAUCGCCAGAGACGUCUCAUUGAAGCUGUCGAUCUGGCAGAGAGGCUCUCGGAAGGUGUUAUUCCCGUUGAAACUUGGCUCAGUCGGGCUGAAAAACGACUCAACGCCCUUGGAAAAAUCCCCACAAAUGUGGAAAAAAUGGAAGAACAGCUGAGAGAGCAGAAAGAUCUCGACGAUGAAGUCGAUCAAAAGGCAGAGGACGUUGAUCAUGCACUGGCUAUUAUUCCAAUGCUGAGCGCUUUGGUGAGCGUCGAAGAUGCGAAUAGCUUGGAAGCGCAAGCGAAUCAAAUCACCAGCCGCUACGAGUCCAUUGCUCAUCGCGUCCGAAUCACCAGAGAUCUGCUUCAAGAAAUGGCUCUCACUGUCAGCGAUUUAUUCGCCGACCUCGACAGCCUCGAAAUAUGGCUCGGCGAUAUGGAACAAAAAAUGGACGAGAUAAGUGAAAUCGCAAUCGCUCCCGACGAUCUCAACGAGCAAAGCAAUAUAGUUGGGGACCUUGUCACGGCUAUCACGGAGCGGGACGCCCAAAUCACGGCUGUCAUAGAAGUGGGUCGACAGCUUUGCCGGCAAGCUACAGGGGAUGAAGCGCUGCCCUUGCAAUAUCGCAUGGAUCAAUUGAAAAAGAGAUAUGGGGAUAUUAUGCUCGUUGCUGACGAAAAGUUGCAAUUACUGGCAAAGGCAAUUCCUCUCUCGGAACGAUUCCAUGAAGGAUUUGAGGCUGUCAUGGAGUGGGUGGAAGCGGUUGAAGAGGAUCUCAUCCAGAUAGAUAGCACCGACCUGGACACCCAAACUCAGCUGGUGUUUUCCAUGGAAGAAGGUGUAAGCCAUUGGCGUCCAGAAGUAGACGACCUCAUUGCUGUUUCCUCGCAACUGCAAGCCCUCAGCAGUCCAGAUCAAGCUGACGAAUUGUUUCAGAGCACAGCUGAGAUGAAUCGACGUGUUAAUCAAAUUGCUGAUAAGGUGGCGCGCCGCGCAGAGCGGCUCGAUGUCGCUGACCGUCAGAGCCGUGCAGUGUUCGACGAGCUGAGCUUCUUGCUUGAAUGGCUUGGUGAUGCUCGCGAUAGGGUCGUCGCUGCUGGUCCUCCAUCCAUUGACCCCGACUUUGCUCGGACUCAACUUCGCAAUCAACUCGUCAUGAACGAAGAUGCGCGUCUUCGUGAGAUGACUGUCGAAGCGAAGAAGGUUUGUCGCGAGCUCGGUGGUGAAGGAGGUGAGUCUGGUACGGCUCUGGCAGAACAAUGUGACCACGCAAAGGAUCUUGUCGACGAGGUGACUGCGCUCUGUAUGGACCGUACUGAAAUUCUGGAACGAGCUCUGGCAUUGUCUCAACAUCUAACGAUUGAAUUUGAUCGCCUUGCAAAUUGGAGCUUUCGGCCGCAAAUUCUGACGUACGUGCCAAUAGUGGAACAAUUUAAAAGUGAUGUCAAGGCACUACAGGAGAUUUGUGUCCCUGAGGAUGGCGUGAAACUGGGAGAACUUGCCGAUGAGAUUGUUGCCAAGUAUGACGACAUGCGAAAAGCAGUUGAAGCCCGUGGUCAAGCUCUGGACAGUAUUGUGGACGCUACGAGCGGACUUGAAUACGUCGGUUUCUUCGGAUCCAACACUGCUAAAGACCCAGAUCGCGGAAAAUCUGGCGCUAAAGAAGGGCUCAGAUCGAAACAAGCUGCCUAUGCUGCUCUGAAAGAAAGCGCCGCCGAACUUCUUUCUUCACUGCCAUCAGACGACUCUGCGAGGAACGAAGUGAGUGAGAAGCUCCGUCGCUUGGCCGGAUUGUGGAAGAGCAUUGAGCAAGAAGCUGACGAUCGUGGAGGUUUCCUUGAGUCCACACUGGCAAAGGCUGAACGGUUCUGGCACGAACUUGAUGAAUGUCAAAGAGCGGUGCGUUCUCUGCGUUGUAGGGAUCUCGUGGUGGCGAUGGAAGAUGCUAUGGCAUUCCAUGCAGAUCUGUCCAAUCUUCUGAACUGGCUGGACGGUGCUGAGAAACGGCUGGCAAUGUUACCAGCCGCUGACUCUGUGAAGGUGAAUUCCUCGACCUCAGUGGUAGAGAAAUUCACACGUUUGGGAGGAGGUCUUAUGGGAUGGGGUACGCAAGACUGCAUCGCAGCUCAAAUUCGACGGAUGCCUGGGAGCUCGGCGGUACUCAGUGUCUCGACGCUGAAUGCUGCCGCCCAACGACUUCUACGAGACGAUCGAAAUACGGACGUGUUGGAGAAGAUGAACGAGAUGAACAAGGAGUGGCGAGAACUGAAUGAGAUUCUGGAGGCGUUGACCUUGCAGAUGGAGCGCGCUAAAGCAGAUGCGGAGAAAGUGGGCAGGGAGACGGAGCAGUGGAUGGGAUGGUUGGAAGAUGUGGAAUCGCAGCUAGCGACCACAAAACCGACUGAGAUUAUAUCCAAUCUUUCUUUUUUUAUGGCGUCGCUUCAGAUUGCGCAAAAUAAGCCCUUGAUCGAAAACUACAUCAGUGAAACUGACGCUGCACUUGAAAACGCUGAUACCAGUGCACAAACGUGGAUGGCUCGUAAUCAUGCGCUCAUCAAAAAUAAGUGGUCCAAAGUGAAGGAACUGUGUGUUGACCGUGAGAAAAAACUACAGUUGGCUCUUGGAGGAGGCAGUUGCUUGGACAGUUCAAUGCGUGACACCGCCGAAUGGCUGGCAGCUGCGGAACAACGAUUGGCUGCUGCGAAGCAAUUGGAGGAGAACGAAAAAUGGGUGGACGAAGUCGCCGUGCGAAAGCAACUCAUGGCAGAACAGCAAGCAGCUGGUACGCGACUACAGUACUACUGCGAGAAAAAAGAUGCUAUUCCGAUCAAAAAUGGGCUUGUAUCGUUGAAGCAUCGCUUCGAGAAGGUGGCGAGUAGAACUGCUGAUCGCACCAAGCAGCUUAACGCAGCUUUGGAUGAAUCACGUGUAUGGAUGAACGGUAUCGACAACUUGAAAUUAUUAUUGGAAGAUGUCGAGGCCAGGAUUCCCGAUGAACAAGUUCCCACGGGCAACGCGAACGUGCUCAAACAACAACACAACGACAUAAAGAAGAUACAGUCAGAAUUGGCAUCACGCCAGCAGAGCUUCGAUACCACUUACAAACGAGGACGCGCGCUGAUCGAUCAUGCACCGCGUUCGGAAGCGAAACAAAUCAAUGAAAUUAGCGCGUUCGAUGAUGCUGUACUGGAGUUGGAAUCUUGGAUUGAUGCUGAGUUGACGAAAAACGCUGCCACGGAUGGCCGUGUGCUUGGUGACAUCGAUACCGUGAAAGUGCUCGCUGAAGAACACAGGAAAAGGGAAGCAGAGCGAUUAUCGAAGCAACGAGCUCUCGACACAAUCAUUACUAAGGUUCCCAACGUCGAUCUGAGACAAGCAUUGUCCAAGGUUGAAGACAUCAAGGUGGAGCUCAGCAAUGCUCGUGAAAAUCGUGAUUUGUGUCUUGAAGCAGGCAGAGCCCUGCAGGCAAAAUGUCAUCCGAGAGCGGAGCAACCACUAAAACAUUGGCUCCGAGUGGUUGAAACCGAUGGAAAUCUUUUGGACCAGCAGCAGCAGGAGAAGGAACGCGAGGAGGCCCUGUUCGAGUUACUAGAGUUUGUUGCACAUAAGCGUGAGGAAUUGAAUCGAAUGCUUGCCCAGGCACUCCCACAGGACUUUGGAAUCGGUAUUGAGGCAUCAUUCUUUGAUUCAAUGCGUAAGGCGCAACGUACUUUUGAGGAAUUCGAUUUUGAAUUACGCGAAAGGCAAGCGGAUAUCGAUGGAGCGGUCAAACUCAACAAGAAGGGCAAAAGAGAUCGGUCAAAGCUACUAAAAUUCAUCCUUCCGGGUGAUAAAAUUAUCUCGCGUUGCGCUCGCGUUUCUGAUUUAUUCCGUCGUUAUGAUCGCUCCCAUACGGGUAAUAUACCACGAGAUGUGUUCAUAGACGCAGUUCUUGCCUCGAAAUUCCCCACAUCGCGCCUAGAAAUGAACAAGGUUGCGGAUCUCUUCGACAAAGGUGACGGCCUGAUCAACUCGAAGGAAUUUAUCGACGCGCUUCGUUUCGAUAGAACUCGUGAAUUGAAACCUCUGACUGACCACGAGAAGGUGAACGAGGAGAUCACGAAGCAGAAAAACGCUUGUAGUUGUUGCCAACAGUUCAAAAUCGAAAAAGUCGCGGAUGGUCACUAUCGAGUCACUCAAGGACCCAUAAUGAAAGUACGUGAGAAGACAGAAAGGAGCGUGCCCAUGUUCCCACAUAAAAGAGAGCAGCACGAUAACGAGAUGGAAUCGAGCAGUCGGGGACUGUUGACGGCAAGUCGAGACUCGUUAGCGACUCCAACUUCUCGAUCACAUUCCCGUGCCUCGGAUUCGACGACCGAUGAGAGACCGACCCGAAUCCCAUCGCUUCGUAUUCAAAAAGGUGCUCGUAAUAGCACACCUAGGUCAUGA